CCAUGUUGUUGUCGGUCCUUGAAAGACUAUGUCAAGCGGGCAAUGAACCUUUUUCCCAUUCACAUAAUCAUUGGCAUACGUGCAGGGGCCCUACAUACCAUCCCUGCACACUCCUUCUUGUGAGACACACCUCCUCUAUCCUGACCCGAAGUUCAACAACUUCUCACAAACAUCAGAAAAAAAGUUGUGCCACUAACCUCAUUUCUCAAAUGCUGCAUAUAUAUGCAGCGUUUUGUUAUAUAUAUAUAAAUAAAGGUCCUGUUUAACUGGGGUUAGUUUGUGAAAAAGUAGUCUGCUGGAAUACUAAGAGAGGAAGAUCUGUAAAAGUUGAACUGUUUAUCCAAUAAGGAUCAAGCUCAAGUUCUGAUAUUAGCCUGGUAAACACAUCUUUCUUCUUAGAAAACAAUUAUAAUGGAUACAUAUUGCAACUGUGGAUUUCAGUUCUGCAUUCACAAUGACAUUUUGGGCUACUUUUAUUGUAUUUUUUGCAACUACAUUUCCAAUUUUGCUCUAAUAAUAACCCAUUUUGAUCUUGUUGAAUGCUGUUUCCUUGCACUAACUAAGAGUUGUUUUACUGCCAUGUAAAGUAGCUGUCUGUUUCCACUUUCACUUCAGCUCUCCUGCCUCCUGGUUUGUGCGUCUGUCCCGGACGAGGGGGCGGUGGGGUGGCGUCACGUCAUAUCAGCCGCCGCACUCUGAUUGGCUGCCGAUUCUCACCCGACACAGCUGUGAUUGUUUUCUGCAGAGGAAGCUCUUGUCCCUGGUAUGAGCUCUGUGCUGUGGAAUGGAGCAGCACUGUGUGUUUUUUUCUCUCUGUGUGCGUCUGCUAAAGAUGAUGUGAACAAACAACGUGAUUGCAGUCCUUGUUGUAAAGAGCAGGAAAACAAGGAGGGGGUCCCGGCUUAAUCAUUUCCGCGGCGCGAAUGAACACGAGAGCUGGUUUCUGUUUGGAGCAGACACUGAAGACGUCUGGAGAUCAAGUGGUAUUUCCUUCUCCCUCAGCCCUAAAGUGCCAAAUGCCCAGACUAGAGGACCACUGCUGGAGCUGCUCCUGUGCAUCAAGGGUAGAAACUAAGCACUCAUCAUCUGGAGCAAACUGGUUAGCAUCCAAAGCUGAAGAAAUGAUGUCCAUCAUCACCUCGGUGCUCAGCAAUGCCUACGGCUCGCUGCACGACGUCCGGACGGCCAACCUGAUCCGCCGGGGUCUCGUCCUCUUCACGGUGGGAGUGUUCCUCGCCCUGGUGCUCAACUUGCUGCAGAUACAAAGAAAUGUCACCCUGUUUCCCGAGGAGGUGAUGACAACUUUGUUUUCGUCUGCCUGGUGGAUCCCGCCUUGCUGCGGCACAGGAGCCGCUGUUGUCGGCCUGCUGUACCCCUGCCUCGACAGCCAUCUGGGAGAGCCGCACAAGUUCAAGAGGGAGUGGGCCAGCGUCAUGAGGUGCAUCGCAGUGUUCGUCGGUAUCAACCAUGCCAGUGUUAAACUAGACUUCGACAACAAUGUGCAGCUCUCCCUAACGCUGGCAGCCUUGUCCUUGGGCCUGUGGUGGACCUUCGACCGGUCCAGGAGCGGCUUUGGUCUGGGCAUCACCACCGCCUUCCUAGCUACUGUGAUCACGCAGCUGCUGGUCUACAACGGAGUCUACCAGUACACAUCUCCAGACUUCUUGUAUGUACGCUCCUGGCUCCCAUGCAUAUUCUUCUCAGGCGGUGUUACUGUGGGGAACAUUGGACGCCAACUUGCCAUGGGUGGUGUUGAGAAACCCCACAUGGACUGAACGGCGGUAAAGGCGGAAAAAAACCCCGGCGAAGGACACCCAAUGCAAAAAAAAAAAAAAAAACGGACUAGUUAUGUGAAGAACGGGGAGGAGAAUAGGAGAGAAAAGACUCAUUGUUUUUGACUUCAUCCGUUGUUCUCAUAACAAAGUGCGGGUCAGAAAAAAGCCCCUCAUCUAACGUGCCAUGUCCUCUGCACCUCCUUGUGGCCAAACAACCUCUCCCUCCCACCUCUGUUGUUCCCCUUUAGCAUUAAGGCUUCCUUGCCUUUUUUUUUUUAAAUGUUUUUGUUCUUUUUUUUUUUUUUUUGAAGUGAACUGUUGACUGGUUUUAUUUUCACGCUGGAAGUGUGUAUCUUCCUGCAGUUAAUGGAGUGGAAGCGUGUGCGUGUGUGCUUUCGCGUGGAUGUAUCUUGGUCUUAGCAGAGAAGACAUGCAGAGGGUGCUAUAAUGUUUCAGUUUUUUUUUUUGUUAUUAGCCUGAAUUUAAUAUGAUCAUAAAAGGGAAAUGUUGUAUGAGUGGGCAAAAAAAAAAAAGAACUGUCUUCACUCUCACAUAGAAAUGUAUUAAGUGGCCGCAGUGGCAUCGCUACAGCACAGGGGAGAUGUAUGUUCCCACUCAAACCAAAUUAAGUAUUUAUUUUGUGGAUUUUCAAUGACACCCCCACCCCCCCCCCCCCCCCCGAAACCAAAUGUACUGUAUAUCUGAUAAUGAAUGAUGAUUCCCAUUUUUUGAAAGAAAUAGUUUGAUAUUUUUGGAAGCAAUACUUUGAUGUUUUGGGAAACUCGCUUCUUGAGUUAGACGAGAGGAUUAUCGAUCUUCUCGUCCAAGUGGAACUAUUUCUUUCAAGUGACCAUGAAACGCAUUUUAGAGGAUGGUAGUCGGAGUGAAGAGAGACAUGAUAAAUGUAUGGAAGUGCCAAUUAGUUUACUACGAGUCCGUACCGGCUAAUGUUCACUUGUAUUUGAGGACUUCAAGAGAAGAUAUACAACAACUGUUGAGAUAUUUGGAGCAGAAAUGCGAACAGUUUUCAUUCCUCAAUAGAAGUCUACCUGUGAACGGUGUCAUAUUCAAAGCCGCCGGUCAGCACAAGAUCACAUUUUAUUUUUUUAGAAAACGGCUCUGAGACCUUUCAGUGUGUUGUUGAUGCUUCUGAGAAGUUUCAGGUAGACAGAUGAUGGUUUUUGUAAGAAAGCAGGGAGAAGUUUGGCAUCAAAGCGUUGAUGUGGACUGAAACAAAUGCCAACCAUGUGCUUUUUUUUUUUUUUUUUUUUUUUUUUUAUACUAGCAGAGCGAGGAAAGACUGUGUUCUGAAAGAAUUUACCAGGAGUAUACUACAACUAUUUUUGCCAGCAUCUGUGGUUACUGUAAAAACCAGUUUAAGGUACUUUCCAGUGCAUUUUUAACUUUGUGUCCACAUGUUUUAAAUGUCUGUGAUUCCCAUUGAGACAAACAUAUAUGACUACAUUUCCUGACUUGGAAUUACAUCUUCAAACUAGUGAUGAUAGUUUGGGAACAUACACCAGUUGAAUGAGAGGGGAGGACAUUAUUACUUAAGAUUUGCAAUCUGUGAUUGCCUGUGUAUUAUAGAAUGUAGUGCUUUUGUCACUAUAACAGUUUAGUUUUAUCAUUUGUACAAACAUAAUGACAUUACUGCUUGUAUGUAUAAUGGCUUGCCUAUGUAAUCAGACAGGUAUAUUACCAUACUAGACCUACAGUAUGUUAGUUAGUGUUUGGGGGUCUAGAGGAUUAAGUGCAAUCAGAGUAUAUACAUGAGCCGAUUAUUCUUUAUUAUUUAUUAUUUCUGACAAAGGCUAAAAAAAAGUAUAACUUGUUGUAAGUAUAUGCAGUGUGGAUACUUCAAAAAAAGAGCAAUAACAUCUUUGUUUUUUGUGAACAAGAGUUUUGUCAGAGAUUACAUGCCUUUUAGAGUCAAUACCAAUGACUCUCAUCAGAGAGACAACGUUAAAAAAAAAGAUAUUGUGUCAAACUGUUGUAAAAAAUCUCAUUUAGUAGCAUUAUCGAAGGAAACCUGAUUUAUUUUUUUAAAGACUUUUAACGGCAGAUCACUUCAGGUCCAUCUGCUUACAUUCAGGUGUACUAAACUGAAGAGGAAGCUUUAUUUUUUUGAGGUGGUGAAGCACCUUUUGUUUCGAUGUUUUAGAGUUUCUGUGUGUGUCUGAUAUUUCAUCUGUGUAUCAUUUUUGCUACCUUGGAUUUAAGUGAAAAAUAAAAACACCUGAUCAGGA